GUGUCAGCAGACAGCACGGAUUACCCGGACCGGGCUUCCACCAUGGAGCUCCGUCUGCAGGCGCAGGAGGAUGAGAUCACGCUGCUGAAGUCCUCGCUGGCCGACGCUCUCCGCAGGAUCCGCCUGCACGACCAGCUCCUCCCACUACUGAAGCAGCAGCUGAUCGCCGUGAAUCCAAGUGCUGCCAGGGUGUUGAACCAAGUGUGUUGUUCGGAUGAUUGGACCAGCGGUGGAAAACACUCUGCCAACCCACCCAUGGAUGGGAUUCGUAACCCUGCCACUAGGGUUCGCAGGAACAGUGAGAAACUGAGUAACCCAGAGAGGCAGAGAAAACUUCUGGACAAGAAGGCAGCGUCUUCGGCCAACCUGCUGGCCCGCUCCCCCAGCCUGGAGAACCGUGCUAAAGAGCUGGUUCCCACUGCAGCAUCUCCUGGCUCAAGAAGAGGAACUUACAGCCAAGGACACUCAAUCAAAAUGUUCAUCCGUGGUCGACCCAUCACCAUGUACAUCCCGUCUAACAUCCAGAACUACGAGGACCUGAAGAUGGAGCCCCCGUCUGAGAGGCUGGACCUGGACUGGGUCUAUGGUUACCGGGGACGGGACUGCCGGGCCAACCUGUACUUCCUUCCCACUGGCGAGGCUGUGUAUUUCAUCGCUUGUGUCAUCGUGCUCUAUCACAUCAAGAACCGCACACAACGUCACUAUCACAAACACACGGACUGUGUUCGCUGUCUCACCCUUCAUCCUGACAAAGUACGAGUAGCAUCCGGCCAAACAGCAGGCGUGGAUAAAGAUGGCAAGCCUCUGCACCCGUGUGUUCACAUCUGGGACUCCACCACGCUGGUCACCCUGCAGCAGAUCGGCCUGGGAACCUUCCAGAGGGGAGUGGGAUCCGUGGCCUUCUCCUUCGCUGACUCUGGAUUGUUCAUGUGCGUCAUUGAUGACUCUAAUGAACACAUGUUGUCAGUGUGGGACUGCACGAAGGGAACCAAGCACGCAGAGAUUAAGAGCACCAACGAGGCCGUGUUUGCCGUGGAGUUCAACCCCAGCGACAGCAGCAUCAUCAUCACGUGUGGGAAAUCCCACGUCUACUUCUGGACACUCACUUCAGGACAGUUCACCAAGAAACAAGGCAUCUUUGGGAAAUACAAGAAGCCCAAGUUCAUCCAGUGCUUUGUGUUCAGCCUGACUGGAGAUGUUCUGACGGGAGACUCUGAGGGAAACAUCCUCACCUGGGGCAAGUCUGCUGCAGACACCAAAACGCUGGGGAAAGGAGCCAAAGAGACAUACCAGAUCAUGCGGCAGACCCGGGCCCAUGAAGGCAGCGUGUUCACUCUGUGCCCCCUGCAGGGGGGGGCUCUGCUCAGCGGGGGGGGCAAGGACCGCAAGAUCAUCCGCUGGAGCGCAGACCUGGCCCCCGAGAGGGAGUGUGAGAUUCCUGAGAAAUUUGGAGCAGUGCGCACGAUAGCAGACGUGGACGGGGAGGAGCUUUUGGUUGGAACAACUCGGAAUGCCAUUCUCCGAGGAACGUUCUCCGACGGUUUUGUGGCGAUUGUGCAGGGUCAUGUAGAUGAGAUGUGGGGCUUGGCCACUCACCCCUCCCAGAACAUCUUCCUCACCUGUGGUCAUGACAGACAGGUGUGUCUGUGGAAAACGGAGGAGCACCAGUUGGAGUGGAGCAUCACCCUGGAGGACUACGGACUGUGCGCUGAUUUCUGCCCUGAUGGAUCCGUCGUGUCGGUCGGUCUCAGCACAGGGAGGUGGGUGGUGCUGGACCUGCUCACCAUGGAGCAGAUUUCUGAAUCCACUGACGGGAACGAACAGCUCUCUGUCAUCAGAUAUUCACCGGACGGAAGCUUUCUAGCUGUUGGAUCUCAUGACAACUUUAUCUACAUCUACAAUGUGACGGAGAGCGGCCGCCGCUACACCCGCACUGGCAAGUGUAAUGGACACUCCAGCUUCAUCACUCACCUGGACUGGUCCAAGGACGGGAAGUACAUCAUGUCUAAUUCAGGAGACUAUGAGAUUCUUUACUGGGACAUUGCAGCAGGAUGUAAGCUGCUGAGAAACCGCUUUGAGAGUAAAGACAGAGAAUGGGCUUCGUAUACGUGUGUGCUGGGUUUCCAUGUCAUGGGGGUGUGGUUGGAGGGCUCUGACGGCACGGACAUCAACGCCCUGUGCCGCUCCCACAGUGAGACGGUGGUGGCCGUGGCCGACGACUUCUGUAAGGUCCAUCUCUUCCAGUAUCCAUGUCCCAAACCCAAGGCCCCCAGCCACAAGUACGAGGGCCACGGGAGCCACGUCACCAACGUUUGCUUCACCCACUGUGACUCUCACCUCCUGUCCAUGGGCGGGAAGGACACGUGCAUCCUGCAGUGGAGGGUGACGGGAGGCAGCAGGGAGAGACGGGCCUCGGCCUCGUCCACCUCCACCUCCACCAGCUCUCCAGAACCUUCCACAAGCUAGAAACUGCUUCUUUUUUUUAACUUUAAAGGCAGCAGAGCCUGUUCCCUUCUAGCCGCUGAGGUGUACAUCAGUUAUUGGCUUAGUUUGCCUUCUGCUAUGUCAGUUUUAUGUUGAGAGGGGGACCAAACUCAUUUUCAUUUUGGUCAUGAAGAUCAUGAAUGACCUCAAGGGGCCGGUUGUGGCGGUUUUUAAGGUUGCUGCCUGAUGGACAAUGGAUACUUUGAUUAGACAAGAUGUGUUGGCUUUUUUAUGUAUCUAAUUGCUGUGUUGUUCAACCCUGGCCCUCAGGGCUCACUGUCGUGCAUGUUUUAGAUGUUGCUCUGAUUCAAAUAACUGGAUCAACUUAUCACGGAGAUCUUCACAAGUCUAUCAAUGGUCCUCAGAUUUGAGCCAGGUGAUGGGCUUGAAGAACACUGAUCUAGUGCAACAAAUCUACCAAGACUAGUAGGUCGUCACUAGGUGCCGGUGUUGCACCAUAAACCCUGAGCUGAAGCUGCGCUUAAUCCCAGAAAACAAGGACCAGAAGAAUCCUGUUAGUUGAAAUUGCACCUCGAAGGUCACGACCCAAUCUAUUACCGUAUUGGCACGAAUAUAAGACGGUGUAUUUUGCAUUGAAAUAAGACUGAAAAAGUGGGGGUCGUCUUACAUUCGGGGU